AUGGUUAACAAAUCCUUGAAAACCGAAUUGAGAUCUAAUAUUAAGGAGAGGUACAAGACGUUCUAUGAUCGGUACCAAGGUCUUCUUAGUCUGGUUGAGUUUUUUGCUAUAAUAAUCGGUGUUACGGUACGUUUGAUUUUGACUUAUGAUGAUAAAUUGCAUAAGGAAUUUUUAGUAUCUGGUGAAGAAGCUGCUAAGGCCGUUGAAGAACAAUUAGAACAAAUAAAAAAAUUAGCAAAAUUAGACCCAAAACCAAACCAAAAGCAUAAAAUCACCAAACCAAAAGCAAAAAAAGGUAAUAGAAAGGCACUUGACAAGACAUAUUUAGCUAAUUCAACUCGGAGAAGAAAAAGCCAAAACGCAAGACAAAAAACAUUAUUCAAAAAAACUGAGGAACUAGCAGUCCUAUGUGGUAUUCAAGCAUCCAUCGUAAUCAGUCGUAACGGAAAAGAAAUUGUAUCUGGAAAUUUUGGUGAAAUGAGACAUGAUAAAGAAGAAUUGAAAAUAUUAACUAGAUUAAUUAAAAGACAAGAAGAGAAAUCAUGCACAAACAAAGAUCCGCCUGUUGUUAUGCCGAAUGAUGAACAACCUGCUGAAGUUAAUGAUGCUAGCAAUGACGAACCAAAUGAUAUUCCUCAAGAAAAUGAAGACGAUACUGAUAAUUCAUAUGAAGAUUUCUCUAGCGAUUUAUAUGGACAUUAUGCUUCAUGGGAAGUUUUAAAUACUACUCCAAAUGAUUUCGAAACUAGAUCUACCAAUAAAGCCGAAGAAACUGGUAAUAUUUCAAUGAAAGCCUCAGAAAAUACCCAGGUUAAUCAGAAACAGAAUUUAUAUUUGAACAGUAAUUCCCAAACUGAAACUGCUGCUAGUAAUAAUAUUGAUUUAAUUUCUGAUGACCUUAUUAAUUUCAAGGAAAAACAAGAACUUCCAUCCUGUUACAUGAGGUUUAGUCCACCUCCUGAUAUGAUUACAUUUUGA